UUUAGUACAUUUCUAGAUAGAUUGUGUGGUCUAAUUCGUGAGUUUACUAGGUAUAGUUGGAAACAGAGAAGUUUUCGGAUAAAUUAUCUUCUAUCAUGAUGGUCUUGAAGUUUUACAUACAAUCAUCAUUGUUUCAAAGUCUAGGUCUUUCUCUAUUUGCUUCCUGGGAUUGUCGUCGAUUCCUGUUCCUGGGAUUUUUGAGGUAAGUUUGUUCCAAUUUUGUUUUUGCAGUUUAUAAGAAUAUCUAACAUGUCGAUGAUGUUUUUUCUUGGUUGUUCACGGUUGCUGUUUGGUUUAAUAAUCAUAUGGUAAAAUAAACUUGCUAUUUUAUUUCUGUUUAGCACAUUUAUUUGUAUUCUUAUAUAGAUUGAAAAAAAAUUGAUUAUUUUUUUUUUACUCAAAUUGUUUUCAACACUCAAAUUCAUUAAAAACUAAAAAUUUCUAGAAGUGACUUGUUUUCAAUAUUUUAUAAUCUUUAUGUUGAAAAUUGCAAAACCAAUACUAAAUUGGCCCUUGAUUCUUGACCAUCCCUUAAGUUAGUCACCACUUACAGGAAGAUCUUUUGCACAAUAUAAUUGUGUCAGUUUUACAAAAGCCUCGAUCCAUGUGUAAUAUUAGAGUGACAAUUUUACUCAAUGCCUUUUGUGCUAUAUUUCUAUCAAUUUUGAUUACUUCUCACAUCUCUUGGUAUGUCACUGGGUAUUUGAAUUCAUUUUACUUUUAAUAUGUAAUAAUACCUAUUCCUGCUAGACUUUGUUUUCAUACAUUAGAAAAGCAACUUAAUGUUCUUGUGAAUCAAGCGAAAUCUGAGUUUUAUCUUGAAAGAAAUAUGGAACAAUAACAUGUUUGAUUGACAGCCUUCUUGAAUAAAAUAUAUUGAAUUAAGAGCUGGAAUGAUGUGCUUUACUUAGAUGUAUUGUGUUUCUUAAUUUUUGUAAAAAUAGACAUAUAAAAAUCUAGGAUUCUACUCAGGAUAUGGAUGAAGAAUGUCGGGCAUUAUUUUCUUUCAAGGCAUUACACAAUUCCGUAAUUGUUAGCUUACGUGCAAUUUCCAUUGGACGACAACCAAUUGUUAACCAAAUGGAAUACAUCAUAUAUACAAGUUUGGUUCCGUUCAAUUAGUUGCCCCAAAUGUAAAAUUCCUUACACUGUUAUUUCACGUGUAGUGUCCUCUUAUUUCAAUUAUUUAUUCUCUUUCAAUUCUCCAUCUCUCUACUUACAAAAUGCUGAGUACGUUCUUUUUCUGUCUUGUCUGUAUCUUUUUUAGGAGUCAAGUUCUAUCACCAAAUUAGAGAUGGAAGGAUUCAAGAUAGUAUUGCUCUUAUUAGCAGCUUCUCUCUUUGCAAUUCCAUCUUCCUUUGGCAUAUCUGAACCAUGUAAGAUGGUUUAUACUGAAGAUGGUCUUCGUGCUAUUCUUCAAUCUCCAGAAUGUUCUGAUUGGAUUAUCUGUAAACUACCUUUUAAAAACCAGACUAGGAAUUGCCAAUUUUUAUAUAUGCAUGGACGAGAUGAUCAGAAAGAUGAUGAUCGGCUUUCAUGUAACCUUGAUUGGCAGAUCCUAUUCCCUGGUAAAAAUGGGCAUGAAGAGGUCAGGGCUGGUGUGGUUGCAGUAUUUGAUGGUCCUAAUGGUUACGAAGCCAGUGAGAUGGCUUCUAAACUUUUAUUGGAUUAUUUUUCAUUGCACUCUACAUUUAUUGCCGACAAGGGAAUGUUACAAUUUGAGGAAGAAAAUGUCAUGGUUGCUGAAGAACCUAACAAAGAUGAAAAACCAGAUCAGUAUAAUUCAAUUCUUGUGAGUUCUAAUGGAAGCCCAUCUGUUUCAUCGGAUGAAUCAAGACAUAUGGGAAUUUUGAAAGAAGCACUGUUGAGAACAAUUCGAGAUAUUGAUUUAGCAUUCUCUGAGGCAACUGUCACAAAGAAUCUUCGUUCAGCUUCUACAGCCACCAUUGUAGUUAUGGUACACGGUCAUAUGUUAGUUGUCAGUGUUGGUCAUCCCAAGGCCCUGCUUUGCUCUGAAAAAGUUCAUUCUCAUGAAGAGAUGGAAGGAGGGUUAAAGGGCCUGAGAACUAACAGAAUGAGGGUCAAGUCAAGUGCAAUACUGCAGUCCGCACAGAUCAAGUGCCCUAAGCACAGUGGCUUAAUUCUGAAAACAUGAAUGCCAUAGAUCAAAACGAAGAAAGGCAUUGUCCAGCCAUCUGUACAACCAUGCCCUUUUCUAUAAUCAUGGUGAUCAAAUUAGUUUGGCAAUAUUAUAGAGCAUUGACGUAACUAUUAUGCAACUGUAAUAAAUUAACAGUUCAUAUUAUGGAGAGUUACUA